UAUAUCAAAUCAAUUAAGAUUCUGGGUUGGAUGGCAUGAUGGUUUAGCCAGAUUCUGUUUUUUCUGGUUCCUUUUUAGUUUCGAUCGUUGGUUUAUGAUUUAUCAUUGCUGAAAAAGUUAUUCUCAACUAAGAUUUUCUUUUCUGGGGGAACCAUGAAAUGAAUUGCAUGUUUUUUUGGCUUGGUUAUAUCAACUCAGUUAAGAAUUGCGCCAUGUCACUCUUGAAGUACAUAAGGUGAUUUAAGAGUUUGAGAUCAUAAAAUUUUAUGGUUUUAACUCUUAAUAUGCCUUUUUCUGCUUCUGUGGGUGCAACUUUGUGCCAAAAUCAAUAUGGUACCAUGGAAGGGAGAAUGGGACUGUUGUUUCUUGUUGUAUUAGGUGCUGCUUGGGCAUGUGAUGCAAGGGAACUGGCUAACUCUGAAACUUCUGAACUAAGCAUAAAACCGGAUGUGUGUGCACUUUGUGAGGAAUAUAUUACCAAGGCACUUGAUUAUCUACAUGAAAACAAGACUGAGACAGAGAUCAUUAGUAUCCUGCACAACACUUGCCACCAGCUUCCUUCUUUCAAGCAGAAGUGCGUUGCUUUGGUGGACUAUUAUGUUCCUCUUUUCUUCUCGGAAGUAGCUACAAUUCAGCCUGGAGAAUUCUGCCACAAAGUCAAUCUCUGUCAGGACAUUGCACAUAUUUCCUUGAAAGUUCAAGAAGAUAGCUGUGAGUUUUGUAAAGACACUGUUUCAACUCUAUUGGAGAAGUUGAAGGAGAGUGACACUAAGCUAGAGAUAAUUGAGACAUUACUGAAGGUGUGCAAUUCAGUGGAGAAGUAUGCAAAUAAGUGCAAGAGAAUGGUUUUCGAGUAUGGACCCUUGAUUUUUGACCAUGCAGAGAAAAUCCUAGAGACGACAGAUAUAUGCAAUAUAAUACAUGCCUGCAAAUCUUCAGAUGUAGCUGGACAGCAAGCCUUUCUUUCGGUCUCUUAAUUAUAGAAACAAAGCUCUACCAGAUUUAUGCUUCACUUGUUGGCUGAAAGAUUGCCAUAUAUUCAAAUAUAAUAAGGGGGAGGGGGAGUACAAAUUCGAUACGUUAUCAGCGCAAAAUUUUUAAUACUAUCUAAAUUUCUAAUUAUGUGUCAGCACAUCAUCAAAAAAGUUGAAACUUAAGUUGAAACUUCCUGUGUAGUAGUGGCUGUGAUACUCAUGCUUGUUUAAUUAUUUUACAAUACAUAAUUGAAUGUUAACAUUCUGAAUAAGAGUGUUUGUGGUUC